GGUAGCAAAACGCAGGCGCACGCUCACUCCUCCUCGGCGUGAUGACAUCACCUAUCAUUACGUCACCCCCCCACAGCCGUUAGUGCGCGGCCAUUUAAAUCAUCCCCUUGACAAACGAGCAAUGUAUUCAGGAUCGCUUCUACCUUGCUGCCACCAAUGAGGACGGGCAAUUCUGGCUCAAGGCGUAAACUGAUGGACUUGACAUCAUGGGUCAUCAUUCCAUUCCUGUUUGGCAGCAUUGGGAUCUACGCCCUGUUCAGAUUCUUGCAGAGGCUACGCAGUAGUGCUUACAUCCAAGAUGCUGUUGUUGUCAUUACUGGCGCUACAUCUGGACUGGGCAAAGAAUGCACAAAAGUGUUUUAUAAAGCUGGUGCUCAGCUUGUUCUCUGUGGGCGCAAUGAAGAAGGGCUGAAGGAUCUGAUAAACGAGCUAUGCCGAAUACGAAAAGGAUCCAUUCAGUUUCAUAAGCCACAUAUGAUAAUAUUUGACCUCUCAGACGUGGAAGCUGUAGCAAGUGCAGCACAGGAGAUUCUUUGCCUUGUUGGGAAGGUGGACAUUCUCAUUAACAAUGCAGGAAUCAGUUAUCGUGGCACUAUUCUCCACACCAAGGUUAGUGUGGACAGAAUGAUCAUGGACACAAACUAUUUUGGACCAGUCGCAUUGACUAAAGCUCUUCUACCAUCAAUGAUCAAGAAUAAGAGAGGACAUAUUGUUGCAAUCAGUAGUGUUCAAGGAAAAAUAAGCAUCCCUUUCCGAUCUGCAUAUUCGGCCUCUAAACAUGCUACACAAGCUUUCUUUGAUUGCCUGAGAGCUGAGAUGGUGCCCCACGACAUUGCUGUCACUGUUAUAAGUCCGGGAUACAUUCAAACCAACUUGUCACUUAAUGCUGUGACUGAAGAUGGGUCCAAAUAUGGAGUAAUGGACAAGACAACGGCUGAAGGAAGAACCCCUGAGGAGGUAGCACAAAUCGUCUUUAGAGCUGUUGGAGAAAAGAGAAAAGAUGUCCUUGUAGCCGGUCUGGUGCCAACAAUAGCUGUAUACCUGAGGGCUCUUGCUCCAAAAAUAUUUUUUUCUGUCAUGGCAGCAAGAGCUAAAAAGGAAAGAAAGUUUAAGGAUGCAUAAUAUGGCAGUUUAUUGUGUUCUCCAGAAGACCAAAUGUCUAUGCCACUACAAUACAUGAUAAAUUAACUGUGGCUACACAAGUAACUAUCCCUGGUGACUUGGUUAAAGGGCAUCUGUCAGCAGUUUUGUCCCUAUGAAACUGGCUGACCUUUAACAUGCAGCUAAAGGCAUCCGUGUUGGUCCCAUGUUCAUAUGUGCCGCAUUGCUGGGAAAAAUGAUGUAUUACUAUAUGCAAA